AUGGCAAACAACGUCUACUAUUUAUACUAUGCUCCAACGUGGGACUGGCCUCCGGAAGACCCGAUCAAACUAGGCAACGUCCUCAUGUCGGUAAAGAAGCCAGAGCAGCCGCUUCACACAGCGCCGCUACCGACUGUUGACGAGAUCUUCUCGUCGGACAAAUAUGAGGUGGAAUACACCAAAGAAAAGCUCAGAAAGGGCGGGGUUUCUAUCUUGGCCACCUUUCUGAGCAUCCUCGGCGUCGGCGUCGGUUUGUUAACUCUCGAUAGUAACGAAGAGAUUUACUCCUUCAAGCGAGUUGAGACUACUCAUUUUGUCCCGAAACACGACUACAUACAAAAAUGCAUCGAAGCGCCGGCAGUACGAGCCCACUUGGAACGAGGCCGCUAUCGCAAACCCGUAUAUAUCGUCACUGGACUCAAUACCGUCUACGGCUCCAAGGCCAAGUCGCACACUUCCCAACCACACGGCGGCAACGCCUCAGUCGCAUUCGAGGGCACGGGGUGGAGUGGCGGCGCGGUGCCUCCGGGUGUUGAAGGGCGGCAUGAGACGACACGGGGCACAUCAUGGCAGGACAGCAGCGAUUUUGCGUUUGCCUUUCGGGCACGCAAGUUCCAUGUGAGUCGGAAGACGCAGGCGGUAAAGAAGAGUGACCACUACACCAGGGGCGCGCUGCUAGAGAUACAGAAGGUGGCGGAAAGCCUUCCAGAGCUUAUUGUUACGUCUCAGGAAGAGUCCACAGCCGACGACGAAUGCUAUGACGAGAAUGGGUUAAUGGAGGGGAAUAGAGUUGUACGUUUCGCUGUACCUAAACCUGAGGACUCCGAAGAGGAGUUGUAA